AUGCCUUCAACGGUGGAGGUUGUUCGAAAGGGCCUGGUUGGGACCUGGAAAUUGGUCUCUUUUGUGAGCAAACCCGUGGCUGAGAACGGAACAGUUGGAUAUCCACUGGGCAAAGACGCUCAGGGAUACAUCAUCUAUACGGCAGCGGGUUAUAUGUCGGCUCAAAUUAUGGCCUUGGGAUCAAAACCAUACACCUCAGAAGACAUCUAUCACGCCAAGGACGAUGAAGCUGCCGAGGCUGCACGCCACUAUCUCGCCUAUUCUGGGCCCUUUGAUGUCAUUUCGAAGGGCGAGGAUGUUUACGUUAAGCAUCACAUGGACGUGGCCCUGGUUUCAAACUGGAUUGGUAAUCAUCAAUUGAGAAAGUGUGAAUGGCGAGGUGAUGAGAUUACUCUGUCGCCUGAACAUCCAUGGAUGGUGAAUGGAUCCCUUGUCAAUCAGUACUUGACAUUCAAACGACUCUAG